UGUUUCCGCACGCUCGAGGGAGAGCAAGGCCCAGUGACCCACAUUCAGAGCAGUCAGUUUCUAUGUGUACGAGUGGGCGAGCGUGCGCGUAUCCUAGCCCAGCGUCUGUGUACGUGUGUGCCCGUGGGAGCCGUGUUUGUGUGUACAUACAUCUGCCGCGAAAAAUGUUCCCACCGUCGCCGCUUUUGGACAUUUCUGCGCCGCCGACGUUAACGUUUUUGUCGGCUUUAGCGAGGACCUUGCCCCGCGCGGAUGUUUAGACGCGGCUCUCUCGCGGCGUUUGCGGACCAACGGUGAGGUGUGGCUUACACAUGAAGAUUUGUCAGUGCCUGGAAGGCUAGGAUCUAAAACAGUGUGUUUUGCAUACAAGAGACAUUCCAGAAAGUUUGGUUGACCACCAUGUCUGUCCUGCGUCCUGUUGCACUCUCGUGACCCCAAUGACCUCAACACCACUUUUGACCAUAGAGUCAACUUUGACCACAAAUCCUUUCUACAACCCCUGAGAAAAGACAUUAACUGACAGUGUGCAUAAGCUGCAGUGGGGCGGUCUUCCAAAUGCCUACCUCACGCCUAAAGAACAAAUCACUGCAGCCACAGCCCUGAUCAGCAGCCACCAUGACAUCAAGCAUAGGGGAUGAUUGUAGCAUCUUUGAUGGAUUGAUGGAAGAAGAUGAAAAAGACAAAGCAAAACGCGAGUCCCGUAACAAGUCGGAGAAGAAACGGAGAGAUCAGUUCAAUCACCUCAUCAAAGAACUCGGCACAAUGUUGCCGGGCAACACCAGGAAGAUGGAUAAGUCCACCAUCCUGCAGAAAAGCAUUGACUUCCUUUGUAAACACAAAGAGAUCGCAGCUCUGUCAGAGUCGAGUGAGAUCAGGCAGGACUGGAAGCCUCCAUUUCUUAGCAAUGAAGAGUUUACCCAACUCAUGCUGGAGGCUCUGGACGGGUUCUUUAUAGCAAUAAUGACUGAUGGUAACAUCCUCUACGUCUCUGAGAGUGUCACCUCAUUACUAGAGCACUUACCGGCGGACUUGGUGGACCAGAACCUGUUAAACUUCCUGCCAGUUGGGGAACACUCCGAUGUCUACAAGGCUCUGUCCACACAUCCCACCGACUCGGACAGCCUCAGCACUGAUUACCUAAAGACUAAGAAUCACAUGGAGUUCAGUUGUCAUAUGCUGCGAGGGGCCAUUGACCCCAAAGAACCCCCCAUCUAUGAAUAUGUUAAGUUCAUCGGCAACUUUAAGUCUCUCAAUAAUGUACCCAAUGUGACAAGGAAUGGUCUGGCAGGGGUGUUACAGCGGUCACUACAACCUGCCUUUGAUGACCAAGUGUGCUUUGUAGCCACAGUUCGUUUGGCCAAACCUCAAUUUAUCAAGGAAAUGUGUACAGUGGAGGAGCCAAAUGAAGAAUUCACCUCCAGGCACAGUCUAGAAUGGAAAUUCCUGUUUUUAGACCAUAGAGCUCCACCAAUCAUAGGCUACCUGCCUUUUGAAGUUCUGGGAACAUCAGGGUAUGACUAUUAUCAUGUGGACGACCUGGGGACGCUAGCCAAAUGUCACGAACACUUGAUGCAGUAUGGUAAAGGGAAGUCAUGCUACUACCGUUUCCUGACUAAAGGUCAGCAGUGGAUCUGGCUACAGACACACUACUACAUCACCUAUCACCAGUGGAACUCCCGACCAGAGUUUAUUGUCUGCACACACACGGUAGUCAGCUAUGCAGAGGUUAGGGCAGAACAACGCAGAGGGAUGGGAAUUGAGGAGUCUACUCCAGAAGUCACUGCGGAUAAGAGUCAAGACUCCGGCUCAGAGUCACAGCUUAAUACAUCCAGCUUGAAGGAGGCUCUGGAGCGAUUUGACCACAGCCAAACACCCUCAACCUCCUCGCGAAGUUCCCGCAAGUCCUCAUCACAUGUCUCUGACAACACUUGCACUUCAACAGCUUCCAAGCUCCACAUGGACACCGCCACGCCUCCUCUGCAGUCGCUGGCCUCCACCAUGGAGAUGACAUCACAGCGUCGUUCAUCCAUCAGCAGCCAGUCUAUGAGCUCUCAGACCACAGGACAGAGUGUAACUCCAGGCAUGAUAACUCAACAGCAACAGCAACAGCAGCAGCAACAACAGCAGCAGCAGCAACCACAGCAGCUCCAGGCAAAUGUACAGCCGGUAAUGGAGUUCUCAGCGCAGGUGAAUGCCAUGCAGCACCUAAAGGAUCAGCUAGAGCAGAGGACCAGAAUGAUCCAGGCCAACAUCCAGCGACAGCAGGAGGAGCUGAGACACAUCCAGGAGCAGCUCCAGAGAGUCCAGGGACAGGGGAUACAAAUGUUGCUGCAGCAGCAGGGUGGCGUGAUGAAUGUACAGCUCCCUCAGGUUGGGUCGAUCCAGCAAGCAACUACUUUGACCAAUCAGGUCCAGCAAACAACGAUUAACCCCGUCCAUUCAGGAACUCAGCAGCUCACCAUCCAGCAGCAAGCUCCUCCCCCUCAACAGACCUUACAGCAGCAAACCAACACCCUUACACAGCCACAGCGUCAGCCUCAGCAACCUCCCCAGGCUCAGUCCCAGACCCAGGGCUCUGUAUCGGCUCCCUUAUACAACACCAUGAUGAUUUCCCAGCCAGGACAGCCAAAUGUGCUGCAGAUCAGCACCAGCCUGCCACAGAACAACACACAGCAAGGCACAACUGUGGCCACGUUCACACAGGACCGACAGAUUCGAUUCCCAGCAGGGCAGCAGCUGGUGACCAAGCUAGUAACGACUCCCAUGCAUGCAUGUGGUGCAGUCAUGGUGCCCACUUCUAUGUUCAUGGGGCAGGUGGUUACUGCAUACAACCCCUUUGGUGGCCAGCAGCAGGGAGGGCAGCCCCAGACCCUGACUCUGCAGCCGGCCCAACCGCCCCAAGGUCAACCCGACGGUCAAAACCAGACAGCUGUAGUGGCACAGAGUAGCCAGCAGGGACAGCAGCAACAGCAGCAGUUCCUACAGGGCACUCGUCUGCUCCAUAGUAACCAGUCCACCCAGUUGAUACUGCAGGCAGCUUUCCCACUCCAACAACAGGGAACUUUCACCCAAGCAACACAUCCCCAGCAACCACAGCAGCAGCAACAACAACAACAACAACAACAACAGCAACAACAACAGCAGCAACAACAACAACAACAACAGCAGCAGCAGCAAAGACAACAACAGCAACAAUCUCACCACCAGAGGCACCAGCAGCAGCUGAAACCACAGCCCCAGAAACAACAGAAAGCCUCAUCAUCACACAGGACUGACGGUGUCAGCAGCCAACCGCAGUGAAGUCUGUGGGAAACUGUGUCAAGUGAGAAAACGUGGGGAACUGAAACUCUUAAGGGAUUGCUGCAUACGGUAGUUUUGGUUGUGUGGCUGUCACAAACUUCCUUUCCCCUAAAAUCGUUGCCCUCCCUUCCUCCAUCUGAAAGAAAUAAAUCAUAGGAAAGAGGAAAGUCUGUGAGUCCUCGCAGAACUCACCAAAGAUUGUCACCAUGGCAACAGGAUGGAUUAAAAUCCCUGUUUCCCUCACUGGAGGCGGGAUUGAGAGGGAGCACCAGUCUCCGUGGAGACCUGAGAAAAUAGAGAAGGCAUCUUAUCACUUCGGUAACGACCAACUCUUUUUGAAGUUGUGUCAAAAAGGACUGACCUUGUACAGAUUUACUGUAUGAUAAAAACUUGUAAAUAUCCAAUAUAGCCUAACAGAAAACAGAAAUGUAGUAUUUUAUAUGAUUGCAUGGAAAGAAUAAUUGUGUAAGCUUUUAUUAGUCGCUUUUGAAAAAUGAAUUUUUACUUUGUUUAAGUGUUUCCUGGUCAAAGAUGGAGCAGUUAUGUGCUCGCUUAGACCCCCUCCCCCCCAUCUCUUAAAAAAUAAGUCCAGAACGAGGCUUUAAAGUUCUGUCAGUGUGGGCCUGUUAUUUUUUAUUUUUUUUGGAAGUUGUGUUUCCCAGCACUGUUUCUCUGAGACAAAAAUAGCUCUUUUAACUUUGUAAUUACAAAUCAUGUUUGGCGAGCAACCAGAUUACAGUUUAACUGAAUUAUUUGCAGGGUGAUCACUGUACGUCUAACGGGUUUAGUGAUUCCAAGUGCCAAUAACAUAGGUAAUUAUCUUUUUUUAAUUUCAAGCAGACUAUUCAAAGGCGUAUAUAUAUUUUCCAACAAGAUAUUACCCCUAAUAAAGUUAAUGCGUAUGUAUAUAGUAGGGAUUAUUUUUUAACAGUCAGAGAGCCCUAUACGUAACAAACAGUAUAUCCUCAACCUCCUGAAAUUUUAGCACUUGAUGUGGUUGUGUACAGUAAAUCACUGUCAAGACCUAGUUGUUUGUAAUCUGUGGUGUGAUUCUGUGAGGUAAUGUGUGGUUUUUGAGAAUACAAUCUUGGUGUACAUGAGUGAGCAUGAGUGUCUGUGACUGGUGUGUGUGUGUAUGUGUGUGUGUGUGUGUGUGUGUGUGUGUGUAUGUAUGUGUGUGUGUGUGUGUGUGUGUGAGUGUGAGUGUGAGUGCGUGUUUGUCGCCCCUUGUGUCUUAUGGUAAUUGACUUAGUAAGGAUUUGAAGUUGCUGGAUGGUACUUGUACUCUCAGGAAUGUGGAAAGUUUUUUGCUUCUGCCUCAGUCUGGAACCAGACCAGGAAGGAUUAGACAGUGAUGCUUUAAAGACCAGAGGAAGAAUUGUCAUAAAGGGUGUGGUAUCUGAAUCAAAUUUGACCCAGAUUUCUUUGAGCUUUCCUUGUUUCCUUAUCAAAAGAGAAGUGGAGCGGGAAGUCUCCAAAGAGAGGAGUAAAAAUACGCCGUUUUGUUGAAGCUGGAGUUAUUGUUAAAGAGUGGAGUUAUUGAGCAGAAAUAUAGAGGAAACCUUUUUAGCUUUCACCCUGACUGGAAUAGAUUGACUUCAUUGUUCCUGCCAAUCUGCAUUUCUGCUAGCUGUCUCAUGGUCUACUGUAUCAUCAGUGUUUCAUCCUUUCUCUUCCUAGGCCUCAGAAACCCUCAUGCAGUUCAGUUCAUUUGUCUCUCAGUUCACAAACAGCAGUUUAAAGCAAGACUGGGCCCAAGUCCAUUUUAAAAACAGAAGUGUAUUUGGGCUCGGCCUGUGUACUACAGUGAUAAGCCAUAUCAAUCAGAAAAGCCUUGGAGUGGAGGAAGUGUAACGGUUGGCAAAGGAGCAUUUAGAAUGUGUUGUUUAGCCUCAGAGUGUAGUAAAGACAGCAUGUGUGGGUGUGUGUGUGUGUGUGUGAAUGUGAAUAUAGCAUCUCCUUUCCUUGAUCCUACUUCUUGUAUCACUCGGGGGUCAGUACUGGUUUCCCCAAGCGAUAGCCAAUCAGUUCUUGCGUUGCAGUAUAAAGGAAUAAUUGUAAUUUUCAAGAAACGUCCUAUCUGGUUGGGCUCAGUAUUGUGCAAGCCUGUGUGUGGGACAGCUCAACUUGAAUACAUGUUUGUGUGUGUGAGAGAGAGCAUGUGUAUGCAUGUUAACCGUCAGUGUAACCCAUUAUAUUUUCAUAUGGAAACAGAUGCGUGACUGGGAAAGGAUGGAUGUUAGGCAAUGCAGAGCACUGGUCACCUGUUUGGCUAUAAAGAAAAUUGGCACUGUUCUUGUUUUACAUUGACCGCCUGCUCAGCAAGCAGUUAUUAGUUAAACUACACAUCAGAAAAGUCUCAAAUACUAAUCCUCAGAGAUAAAUAUAGAUUAAAUAGCCAUUUGUGUGACUUAGCAGGAUCAAGUCUGUCUGACUUUGUCCACAAAUCAGGAAUAGCAGAGAGAUUUCACAUGCAGGCUCUUACUGUUUGAACCAGGUCUUCCACCCGCCACACAGCAAAUGUAGAUCCUCUAUAGACUAGUUUGUGUUUAAGGCCUCACUCUAAAGGGUAAUGUUGAAAUGUUAAUAGUUUGUGUCACUGAUACCCAGCCCAAAGAAUGUAAAGGUGUUUUUAAAGAGACUAAUGGAUGUUGUAACUGUUAAUUAUGGAGAACGUUUAGACAGGCUUUGUGAUGAAGGAAAAGGAGGGAAAACUACAAUUCUCACUGCAAGAAUCCACACAGGAACCUGAAAUGCAGUCUUACUUACGGGCUUUGCAUUGUACAAGAACCCUUUGAAUGUUUCACCAUUUCAAAUUUUAUCGGUUUGUUUUUGCAGCACUAUGUUUCUGACAACAUCUGGUGAGUAGGAAAAAAGUUCACAAGUCGUUAAAGGUUGAGGAGUAGGAUAUUUCACACGGGACCCCAUUGAUAAGACAGCGAGCCCCUCCCCUCCCUUCCGCACAGAUACACAGAUCACCCUUCCACGUUUGGUUCUAAACAGUUCUAGUAUAAUACUGUACACAUACACAAAGCUAAGAACACCAGUAUUCAUUGUAAAAUGGUGCUAUGCUUACCUGUACUGUAUGUAUGUAUGUAUAUCCCUUCUUCUGCUCUUAAACUGUGCUCCUUUAUCUACCCCAAAGUCAAAUGUAAUAAUAAUCAAUAUUUUGAAGCAAAAUGUUUCCUAUUAUUAUAACCCCCCUGUUUCUCCUCUUGGUCAAUUUGAAAAUAAUAAUUAAAAAAAAAAAAACAGUUGCAGAUAUUAAACGUGAAAAGUCUGCUGUA